GUGCCUGAGACACUUCGACGGAUUGCCUGUCUGACUCUGCCUGUCGUGGCGGGAAACGGAGGAGAUGCGGCCGGGAGACCGAGUCGGCUUCCUCUAACCCUAAACCUCAGAUUCCAAAAUCCGAAUCUCGAGUUUCGGUUCACCAACGGUGGUUCAACCGUCUAGGGCUUCAUGCCCAGUUCUACACCACCGCAACCCCGGCGAUCCGGGUUCCGAUCAAUUGGCUCCAAGCCCCGAGUUCAGGGAGCUUCACGAAGACCAUGCGGUCCCAUGAUUUUUUUGGCGGUCGAUGCGACUUUCUCAGGGUGAGCGUCUUGAGGCUGCUCGCUGGAUGAUGCUGAGGGCGCCGAGGAGGAGGAAAAUGAAGAUGGUGGGUGGCAGCGUUUUUUGCUUUAAAUUCAUAGCUCAUGUAGUUUAGAGUUUGGGUUUCGGGAGUUUUAGUUGAUUCCAGGCGAAUCUGGGAUUUUGCCCGCUGUUGAUGACGAUUUCAAAACCUUUCUCAACGACUGGAUGGGAAAAGGGAAUGGCGGUGUUGGACGACGACGGCUGUGACUAUCGUGAUGAUCAAAUCUCUUCGGCGAACAUUUUGGCGGGUAGAAUGCUCGGGAAAUCUUGGGCAAGUGGUUCUCGAGUUUCUGGAGAUUCUGAGUACGGGGAAAGGGGAAUUAGGAGCUUAUCUCACCGUUAUGAAGGUGGUGGUGUAUGUAUCCGCGACGCCGCCGAAGGCAACGAUGACGAGGGCAGGUUGUUGGUUUCUCAAGUUCGUACGAGACGUGGAAUCAAGAGAAGGCAUGCAGUUAGUUUGGAUUUUAGGGUUUCGAGUGGGAAAAGGAAGACUAUGGUUUACGAUGAUGAUGUCUGUGAUAAUCAUUUGGUUUCUCGAGAUUUUCCGGAGUGUAAUCUUCGUACCGAUGGUUUUGAAUCCGGGGUUCCAAUUGGAGAAACGAAGAUUAGGAACUUUGGUCCCAGUUGUGUUUUUGAGGAAGAGGAAGUUGGUGGUUGCAAACAGAGGAGGCCUUGUUUAGAUUCUCUGGUUUCGGAUGAGGGAGAGGAAACUAGUGUUAUAGGAAAGAAGAAGAAGAAGAGGAGGAGGAGGAAGAGGAAGAGGAAGAGGAAGAAGAAGUGUAAGAAGAUAGAAGAGAAUGAAUAUAUGGUUCCUGAGGGGACGCAUGAUCGCCAGGUGUCCAGGGAAGAUGGAGAGGUGGAAGAUGAGGAGUAUACUGAAUUAGUGGAAGAGGAAGUUGGUGGUUGCAAACAGAGGAGGCCUUGUUUAGAUUCUCUGGUUUCGGAUGAGGGAGAGGAAACUAGUGUUAUAGGAAAGAAGAAGAAGAAGAGGAGGAGGAGGAAGAGGGAGAGGAAGAAGAAGUGUAAGAAGAUAGAAGAGAAUGAAUAUAUGGUUCCUGAGGGGACGCAUGAUCGCCAGGUGUCCAGGGAAGAUGGAGAGGUGGAAGAUGAGGAGUAUACUGAAUUAGUGGAAGAGGAAGUUGGUGGUUGCAAACAGCGAAUGCUUUGUUUAAAUUCUCUGGUUUCGGAUGAGGAGGAGGAAAUUAGUGUUAUAGGAAAGAAGAAGAAGAGGAGGAGGAGGAGGAAGAGGAAGAAUAAGUGCAAGAAGACAGAAGAGAAUGAAUAUGUGGUUCCUGAGGGGACGCAUGAUCGCCAGGUGUCCAGGGAAGAGGGAGAGGUGGAAGAUGAGGAGGAUGCUGAAUUAGUUAUAAAGGAAAAACAAAAUGCUCCGAGCAUGAAGCAAAGAAAGAGAUAUGCCUCUGAAUUUGCUCACUGUGAGGUUUCAGUAAAGAGGACGAGAGGCGAGGGAGGUGUAGAGAGACUGGGGGCAGGCGAUAUUGUUUGGGCAAAUUCAUCGGAAGAAGAAUGGUGGCCUGGAUGGGUUUUUAUGGCAAAUAAAUCGAAGGUUUUGGUCCCUAUCUUUGGUCAGGAUAAGUUAUGCUGGCUAAACGACUUCCAAGUUCUUCCUUUCGAAGAAAAUUAUGUUGAGAAAUCGAAGAAUGCAGUAGGACAAUUGAAGGUUGCAAUUGAUAAUGCUUUGGAGGAGUUAGGUAAGCGGGCAGCAUUAGGUUUAAUUUGUUCGUGCGAGGGACUUGUAAACUUUAAUGAAAAUGAGAAAAGUGCAGUCGUUGAUGUUCCUGGAUAUAGUAAGUCUAGCCAUCAUACGCUGGAGCAAAUCAACAAGGCAAGGGCCGAGUUUCGGCCUCUGGAGAUGCUGGGUUUUCUUCAGAAGGCCGCUCUUUCUGUUUUCAUUUGUGAGUCAGACACUGUUGGUGCAAAUAGAGCAAUUGCUCAGGCCAAUGCCUAUCGGCGUGUUGUCUCAAUUACGCCCGACUGGAUUUACAAGGAAACAAUGAGGCUCACAGAAAUGGAGCGUGCUGAUGAAUCUGACGAAGGUAAUUGGGAAGCAGAGCCACUUGCCAGUAGUCUGGCAGAUAAUGAAUUGUGUUACAGGGCUUAUAGAAGCAGCAAUAGUCUGAUGGUCGAAGUAGCAGCAGAAGAAGUGGAAAACCAGAUGGAGGUAGACGAGGAAGAAGAUGGGGAAGGAGAGGAAGGGGCAAAGAACAACUUGAUGAUCGUGGAACGAAAGGAAAAAGAGAAGGAUAAAGUUUGCGAGCAACCACUGCAUAGAGAGGAAUUUCAGUGGAAUGAUAUGCAAAAAUCAAAUAUUCUCUUGAGCUUUGGAGAGUCCCAUGACAAAUCAAGAAAUAAGACACUCUUGCAGGAAGAAAUCAAAGGGAUUGAAGAAAGUGAGGAAGAUAAAUUGGAUUUGGGUUUCUGUGUCACAAAUGAAAUGGACUUUAGCAGUUUUUCGUCCAAUGAUCAGUCUGGGCCACAAGUUUCUGGAACACAUGAACACAUUGACGUGGAUGAGGAAACAAAUGCAGAUGAUGUGGAGUUUCUUUCUGAUCAUAGGAUCAAGACUGCAUGCAGUCGAGCUAAUGAAUUCAGAAUAAAUCCUCAGCAACAGAUUUUUAUUGAGACCAAUUUGCCAUCUCUAUUUGAGACCUUGACACAUUUACAUCGCCUUGCACUGGACCCUUUCUAUGACUCAGAUGGUGUGGCAUUUGUAUUCGAAGCAUUUUUGAGGUACAGAGAUAUAACUUUUCUGAACAUUCCCAAUCUAAAAUGUUUAGAAGUCACCUUGGACCGUCAUUGUGAAUGUAGCAACAGCACAGAGCCAAAGAUUUCUGUAUCCCCUUCAUAUGUUGCAGAACCUGGAAACUAUGCCACCAUUUUACAUGCUUUUAAGAAGGAUAGUUUUGAGAUAAGUAGCACUCUCGGUGGAAGAGAAAACCUCAAAUAUUCUUCCUUUCCCAGUGUUCCUAACAGUGACAUGUUAAGCAGACCUUGUCAGUGUAUGACCACCAUGGCAUCCGAGGAAUUCAGCUCUGUUGGCACCAAGAUGCCAUCUCUACUUGACACACUGACACAUUUACGGUGCCUUGCACUGGACCCUUUCUCUGGGGCAGCCUGUGUGGCUUUUGUAUCCAAAGCGUUCUUAAGGUACAGAGCUGUAACUUUUCUCAAUAUUGCUAAUCUGAAGUUCUCAGAGGGCACCUUGAAUCGCCAUUUUAGAUCUGGCAAAAACGCAACUAGAGAGGCCAGCACAGCUCUUCCAUCUGUUAUGGAACAAAGAAAUGGUACCAUUAGUAAUUGUCAUGCUAAGAAAGAUGUUUUUGGAGUUGGUGCAAUUCCUUAUGAAAGAGACAAAGUCAAAGGUGUCUGCAGUUCUUCUGUCCUUGAUGAUGCAAUGCUAAGCAGAACUUCUGAGCAAGAGACCGGUACAGCAUUCAAUGCAGUUAAUAAAGUUAUAUUAAACGUUCAUGGCAACCUUUCUUUUGAGGCCAACAUGCCAUCUCUGUGUGAGGCAUUGACCCAUUUGCAUUGCCUUGCAUUGGACCCUUUUUAUGAUCCAGAGAAUGCGGCUUUUGUGUGCAAAACAUUAUUAAGAUAUAGGGCGGUAAGAUCCUCCUUUUCCAAUGUACCUGACAGUGAUAUUUUAAGCAGAUCUCGUCAGCAUAUCAGCACCUUACCUUCCUGGGAAUGCAACUCUGUCAACAAUAAAAUGCCAUCUCUACUUGACACAUUGGCACAUUUACGGUGCCUCGCACUGGACCCUUUCUCUGGGACAGUCUGUGCGGCUUUUGUAUCAAAAGCAUUCUUGAGGUACAGAGCUGUAACUUUUCUCAAUAUUACUAAUCUAAAAUUCUCAGAUGGCAUCUUGAAUCGGCAUUUAAAAUCAAGUGAAAAUUCAACUAGAGAGAACAGCAUAGUUCUUCCAUCUGUUACAGAACGAGGAAAUGGUACCACUAGUGAUUGUCAUGCUAAGAAAGAUACUUUUGAAGUUGGUGCAGUUCCUCAUGAAAGAGACACAGUCAAAAUUUUUCCUUGUUCUGCUGUUCCUGAUGAUGCAAUUUUAAGCCGAAUUUUUGAGCGAGAGAGCAAUAAAGCAUUCCCUGCAGUUAAUAAGCUUAGGCCUGGCUUGUGCAAAAGCCUUGAACACGCAGACUCUGGAUCAUUAUUGACAAAAAGUUGUACCAACUACAUUUCUGCUACAGCUAUGCCAGGCGACAGCCAGAGUGCUGCUACAGAUAGAAUUCCAAAUGUCAGCUUGACCACAGACAAUAGAGGUGCAAAUUCAGAUGGUGGAUUGCCAAUACAAAUGGCAACUGAUCAACAUGAUCUUGAUUAUGCCACCGAGCUUUGUAACUCAUUAUCAAUUGCUCAAGGGCAGUUUUGCAGUUCCAGCGUGAAAACACUGCUUGGUGAAAUGUAUUUAUUCCUCCGUUGCCUUGCAUGUGAUCCAUUUUUUGGUGGAGAACAUUCAACUUCUGCAAAGCGUGCGUUCUUGAGGUACAGAGUAGCUUCGUAUGAGAAAAUCUAUGGCUCCAGUGCUGCAGAAUAUAGGCACGGAAUGAGCAACAAUCAUGAGCGAUUGGUCUCUCAUUCACUAUCAGAAACUUGGCCUAAUAGUCGUGCUAUUAUGGAUGGAGUUCCAGAUGACAGCCAGAAAGAAAAAAAUGUAGCUCCAGAAAAUGACACCAAGUCGAAAAACCAAUGCUUCUCAAGUACAGCCACUUAUGCAAUUCCUCAAACUAAUGGUUCUGGUUGUGCACAGAAUGUGAGUAUGUUCAGUGAGACCACAUCUCACACUGAUUUGUCAAAAUGCUUUGGGAACAGCUUUCCCCGAAAGAGAAAAUCAGAUGAAAUCCCUGCUGCUAAUUCACUACACAAGCUUAGAAAGCCUUGUGGUGCGGUCUUACUAAGUAAUUGGUAUGCAAGUCCUUUGACAAGAGGUGGAUUGAGCAGAAGUGUUGACGAUGUGCAGUUACCAGCAAGGAGUCCAACUGAAUGCACGAAAAUUAGGAGGUUCUUUAUUUCUCCUGAAAGUCAUGAAGUUGGUUCAUAUCUGCACAUGAAAUUUCCAAAGAAUUUUGAGCUUCCUUCUCAAGACCAGUUGAUGAAGACAUUUGGGAAAUUUGGGCCAAUAGAUUGUUUAAAAACCAGAGUUUUCUUUUAUACAGGUUCAGGCCAAGUAUGUUUUCAAAGACAUGCUGAUGCUGAGGCUGCUUUCAAGUUUGCGAGAGAGAAGGUCUUGUUUGGUCAGGCCAAUAUUAAAUUCUGGGUCAGUAGGCCUGCAAAAUCAACACAUAGAGUGCAGGGAUACAACUGCACUGAUAUUGUUGGAAAGCCUAAAAGCGGGGAAAGUGGAAAUGAUGAUCAAAGUCUAUAUAUAGACGAGCAACAACUAAAAGAUUAUGAUUAUACCAACAGGGCACGAUUAUGGCCGAUUUCCAAUGUCAAAUCAUGUCUCAGGAAGCUCAAUCAACCAGGCGAGAAGGGUCAACCUAAAUCUUCGAAAGUAACAUUCUCAGUGGACGGCCAAUCCUGUUUACCGGCAGAAAGCAUUAUGAGCCCCUUAACCUUGCUCUGUAAUCAUUCAUUAAGAAAAGAGAGUGGUCUUUAUCAACAAAAGAUGUUAUCUCUCUUGAAGGACUGUGAGCAACUAAUUAAUGACACAAGAGGCUCUGUGGGCCUGCAGUCAUAUUAUGAAAUGCUUAUCCAUGAACUCAGAAGCUCCUUCAGAAAGCCUGAUGAAUGAGCUGUCAAUUUUCAGGAAAAUGCGUGAAGUAGGUGAUUCCUAUUUUUUUACAUGAAAUGCAUGUAAAUAUACUGAGCCAUAUACGAGUGUUAAAUGAGGUCUAUUUCUUGGCUAUCUCGAACACUUAUUGGGCUGGAUUAGGACUCAAAGUAGCAUCUGUAUCACAAAGAAAUACUUCUCCUAGUGGUGCCUCUAUUUCUUCCAACAACUGGGGCUUUUUUUGCUCAAACACCUGAAAAGGGAAGAACUUGACACUUGAGUGCGGUUUUGCAAAAGGACGUCAUUUUCACAGUUAUCAGAACAGUGCUCUUUUAUGGGAAUGGGGUAAGAUUUUGAGCUAAAGCUAUGUUGUCAAACUGUGAGGCAGAGGCUACGUGUUUAGGCUGUCCCUAAAGGAAAAAAUAAACAAAUAAAAUAGACCAUUCCUUGUUCAAGAUACAGGCCAUGAUCAAACAUUGACUUCCCAUAAUUGAGAUCUCUAUCUCUGUGUGUGUGUGUUUGUAACAAAACGAAAUCCAGAUACCAGAUCCGAUCUGUUUGUAACCUAAUCCCCAUGGCCUUCAAAGAACACUUACAAGGCAAGCCAUCUGUAACCAAUCCUGGCUAAGAUGGGGUUCUGGACCCACCCUAACCACUUGGACGACAUGAGUGGGCAGAGAGAGAGAGGAUGAGGUUACCCGGUGAGUAACCUUCUUGACCUCAAACACCGUUGAGGACUCCCCACGACGGUUCACAUUAAGAUCGUCAGUCGUAUAGCGGCUUCAUCUGGUUUCUGUCUUCUUAGGAACUAGUGAUUUUGUUGGUGCUGUAGUCUUUGGCCGUAUUUAUGUUUUUUUGGGUUAUGACUUAUGAUUGAAUCUUCAAAGUGUCAUUCAUCUGACUGUAUUUCAGCGAGGACCAAGCGGAGCCAAUGCUCCGAACAUCUCACCUAAAUUUAACAUAUCACUUGGGAAUGGA